GUCCGUUUGCAGCAGUCCUUUCUUUCCGGCAGCGCUUGACUAUUGUGGCAAGUGUCUGUGCAGCGCUGUCUUGCAGCAUGCUAGAUCCUGAGGGCAGUGUGGAGCACAAGGCUUCCUCUUCCUUCCCCAAAGUUUUCCUCAUCCCUCUAGCCAUGCUCCUCGCAAUAGCAGCACUCCUGCUCUUAGCCUUUUCUGCUACUCUGCAGAGAGAGACUGAUUUUUACACUUUCAAAGUUGUAAACAUCAGGGGAAAGCUAGUCUCUCUGGAGAAAUACAGGGGCUCGGUGUCUCUAGUUGUCAACGUUGCGAGCGAGUGCGGAUAUACUGAUAGCCACUACAAGGCCUUGCAACAGUUACAGAGAGACCUCGGCCCGUAUCAUUUCAAUGUGCUGGCGUUCCCAUGCAAUCAGUUUGGGCAGCAAGAACCAGACAGUAAUAAAGAAAUAGAGAGUUUUGCACGGAAGAAUUAUGGUGCCUCCUUUCCUAUGUUCAGCAAAACUGCCGUCAGUGGUGCUGGUGCAAUUCCUGCCUUCAAGUAUUUAAUCGAUUCCACAGGAGAAGAACCAACCUGGAACUUCUGGAAAUACCUGGUGGAUCCUAAUGGGAAAGUAGUAAAGGCCUGGGAUUCUACAGUCUCUGUUGAAGAAAUAAGACCUUAUGUUACAGAACUUGUGAGGAAAAUCAUCCUGAAGAAGAAAGAUGAAUUGUGACUUUCAAAAAUUCCAGGAUGUCAAUUACAUCUUUAUUGAGAAUUAGGACUGUAAUUGGUCUUUUCACAUUCUAGAAGAGGGAAUACGGGGAAGGGAUAUCAGGAGUAGUGGAAUCUAUUUUCACCAUCUUAAGAA